UCAUAUAAAAUGUGAUAAGUUUGUACGCAAAUUAAAACUACAAAAUCAUAUCAUACACGAUACUCCUUGUACACCAUUUCUUCUCCCAAUCAAACUUAUCAAUAAACUAUUUAACCAUUCAAUUAAACAACAUAAUUAAUCCUGCUAGCCGUUUGUAGUCUCAACUAAUUUAAUUUACAGAGACAAGCAGAGGUGGAGAGAGACACAAAAAGGAGGGAGCGUGUAUAAAAACUCCACCUUUUUGUUUAUAUAACAUUUUCUAUAUUUUCUUCAGGUUUUUCUGCCUUUUUCUUUCACCUUUUUUAUUUGUGGUUCCCUCUUCUUAAAUUUUGUUAAUUUUAUGAAUUCCAUAAUAAUUUUGUAACUCCAAGAACUACGAAUUUGGUGCUGAAAUUCCAGAGUGUUUGUUCAUGCAAGUUGCUCAAAGAAAUUACUCAAGAAAGUUGGAGAGAGAAAAAUGGGGUUCUUGAAUUUGAAUCUUCAUCAAAAGUGGACAGUAAUAGUAGGGUUGAUUAUGGCCUUAACGGUGUCGUUUUGUAGCGGAUAUACUGAUCCCCGUGAUGUGUUUGCAAUAAAUAGUUUAUAUGCUGCUCUGGGAAGUCCACCAUUACCGGGGUGGAUUCCACUUGGAGGUGACCCUUGUGUGGAAGCUUGGCAAGGUGUACUUUGUGUUAAUUCAAACAUUACUGAAAUUUCACUAAACAAUGCUGGUCUGGGAGGAGAAAUGGGUACUAGUUUGAAUUCUUUCUCUGCAAUUAUAUCAAUAGACCUCAGUGGCAAUCACAUUGGGGGUACCAUUCCUGCCAAUUUACCUCCCACAGUGAGGACGUUGUUCCUUUCUGACAAUCAGUUAACUGGAGGCAUUCCCGACUUAUCUGUAUUAAGUCAGUUGACAGACCUGUCAUUAAACAAGAAUAACUUGACGGGGGGAUUACCGGAUAGCUUUCAACAACUCCCUGGUUUAAUAAACUUGGAUAUCUCUGAAAACAAUCUAAGUGGUCCUUUGCCACCUUCAAUGGGGAGUUUGUCAUCUCUUACGACUCUUCACUUGCAGAAUAAUGAGCUCACAGGACUCCUUGAUGUUAUACAAGACCUUCCCCUGACUGAUUUAAAUGUAGAGAACAACCUAUUUUCCGGCCCUAUACCUCCCAGACUGCUGACUAUUCCAAAUUUCAGAAGCACUGGAAACCCUUUCAAUACCAGUGUUCUUCCAUCAGCUCCAGCAGCAUCCCCAACAUUAGCGCCAGCAACAAAUUCAUCUUUACCUGGACAGUCUCCUUCCCGAGAAACACGCAAGCAGCCUGAAGAUAAACCAUCAGUUUCUGAAGCAUCAAAUUCCUCAAAAUCAACAAAGUACAUAAAGCCAAUAGUUAGUGCUGGUAUUGCUGUGUUGAUACUUCUAGCUAUCGUACUAGGUCUGUGGUUUGGUAUUGCGAAAUGGUGCAAGAAAAGGCAAGCAAGUGACGAAUUUACCAAGGGGAAUGUAAAACCUUUAUAUGAAGGGAAAGGAGAAAAACCAAGAUAUAAUGAUUCUUUACCUCAAACACAUAAUCAAGCUGGUAAAGCAUUCCAGGAGACAUCUUUAAAGAUCCCGACUGUGAGCAAUGUAGAUCAGAAACAGGUGAAAGGUGUAAAAGAAGUUGCCAUGAGUAAGGAUGCUCAUUCUAUAGACAUGACAAGGACUGCUGUGAGUUCUAUGUCAACACAACCAGCACCACCUCCUCGACACUUUUCUAAUGAGAACAUAACGCUUAAACCAAUCAUGCCGACUGUAGUGACUAAAACUCACAAGUCCACCAUUCCAAGCUCUGUCAAGUCUUUCACCAUUGCUUCACUUCAGCAGUACACUAAUAGCUUUUCUCAAGAAAAUCUUAUCGGUGAAGGCAUGAUAGGAAGUGUUUAUAAGGCUGAACUUCCUGAUGGAAAGCUCGUUGCAGUGAAGAAACUCAACAACACCACUUCUAGCCAGCAGAGUGAAGACGAAUUUUCUCAGCUAGUUUCUUCUAUCUCUAAUAUUCAACAUGAAAGUGUUGUCAAGCUUGCUGGAUACUGUUCCGAGUAUGGGCAAAGACUGAUCAUCUAUGAGUACUGCGAUAAUGCUACAUUGUAUGAAGCACUGCAUCUUGAUGAUGAGAUCCAUAACAAACUUUCAUGGAAUACACGUAUCAGAAUUGCACUUGGAGCCGCAAAAGCCCUUGAAUAUUUGCAUGAGGAUUGUCAACCCCCUGUUGUACAUAUGAACUUCAAAUCCGCCAAUAUUCUCCUUGAUGAUAAGUUUGAGCCUCUAAUCUCAGACUGUGGUUUAGCAUAUCUGCUAUCAGAUACUUAUACAGCUCAGGUUUCAGGUGGGUAUGGUGCUCCAGAACUCGAGCUAGGAACAUAUACUCAACAAAGUGAUGUAUUCAGCUUCGGGGUAGUCAUGCUAGAACUUCUUACUGGCAGGAAAUCCUAUGACAGUACACGACCUCGAGGAGAACAAUUUCUUGUGAGGUGGGCAAUUACUCAGUUGCAUGACAUAGAUGCGUUAUCAAAGAUGGUAGAUCCUUCACUAGAUGGAUCGUAUCCAUCUAAAUCGUUAUCCCGUUUUGCAGAUAUAAUUUCCCUCUGUGUUCAGGCCGAGCCAGAAUUCAGGCCUCCCAUGUCAGAAAUUGCGCAGGACCUCUUAAACAUGAUUCAGAGAGAGUCAAGACCUUAACAUAUCAGAUGCAAAUUUCAAAUCGUCUGAAGCCUUGCCAGUCAAUGCCAAUGCCAAUGCAUGUUGGUGAAUCAGGUAGUCGAUAUGGUUUUAGAGGGACGGAUAAUUUAUCCGCUUGCAAAGUGACUGCUAGCUAUGUAACAUAAGCUAACACGUGUUCCUUUGUACAUACUUCGUAGUAUGUAACGACCAAGGCUUUUAUGUAGGAGGGGAGAUUGGGAUGCUAGUUUGCUUCUUGAUAGAGUUCAGCUAAUUUUAUUAGAGUUUGCUCAUUACACUGAUGGGCAUUCUAGGGUGUAUGUUGUAUUUUUAGGGUUAUGGUCUCUCUGCUAUUCCAUUGGUGUGGUGUAAUGUUAUUGUGAUUUUGUAUGUUGAUUGAUUAAAUUCAAUUAUUGAACUAAAUGUUCGAUUAUUUAUGAAGGAAUGUUAAUUUCA